UCAGCUGAGCUAGCUGUGCGAUAUAGCCGCGAGAAGCACUCCGACUUUCGUCGAUUUUUACUUUAAAAUUAAACAUCAUGACGACAGAUAGAGAGAAUGAAGAAAUCUAAGGAUAGAGUACCAAGUCGUAAUGGAAAAGUAUACAUGAAUCUUGCUCUAUUAAACCAAUCGAAUGAUGUCUAUGGAACCCGUCCCUAUGGAGGUCGAAAAGGAAUAUCAAACCAUUAUCCACCUUCGAAGGCAGCCUUUAUAUCUGAGAGGCCAACAGAUUUCUUGAAUGAUGUUAAGAACAUGGUCUUUCGGCAGAAUGAGGAGGAGCGGAGUGGAUCUCCAAGCUGGAUCGGUAAAUACAACAAAGAGCUGAAUCAUACAGGAGAGCAGCCGUUAAUGGUUCAAAGAUUUCUCAGCAAUAAUAAGCAAGAGCAACAAGAUGGUGUACUACCUGCCUCUUCCAGACCACAGUCAAGGUUCCGUGUUGACCGGGACGAUGAGAGAGAAUAUCAACAAGGUCUUAGCCUUCAUCAAUACCUGACUGCUACUGAGAUGCCGGGUCAAUCUGAGAAGCUAGUGGAUGUUAGACAUGGCAGACCAACAAGAACCAGCCUGCUGAGGGCUAGACAGCGGACAAAAAAUAUUCCUGUCUUAGAGAAAACUAAGCUUGAUUUAAGAGACGAUAUUCAUUACCUUCAAGAACAAACUUUGAAGAGAGAAGACAAAUACAAGUCUGUUGAUGUUCCUGAAGAAUUGCAGCCUUUAACAGAGGGUGAAGAGACAGUUCAUCAGUUUCUUGUUGGAGCAAGAUACAACAGAGCAUACUAUCGUGAUGCUAAGUGUUUCAACAAGGUUGGACUGUACGUCUCCAGGGAAAAUCCUCAACAUUGCUUUCUCAAGAAUGGUACCACACAAGAAUCAUUGUUAGCCAACAAAUCAGAGAAAGCAAACCACACUGCAUUGGGUGCCUUCUCUGAAGUGACUGCCUCUGAGCUGAACAGUCUUUGCCAAUCUACAUCAAGCCUUCACAGCAAGCACCUUCAACCGCCCUCAGAAGCUCGUCAGGCAUGGGGUACCAGCUCCAUUGCAAGUGCCCCUAGUCCGACACCUAAUGAUAGCCGUGAGUCCUUUGCAAUAUCCACAAAGGAGGAGCCCGAGUUUGCUUCCAGUAAUCGUUUGCGAGGUGGUGAGGCAGAUGGGAAGCCCAAAGCAACGGAGAGGAAUCAGAAUAAGGUCAUGCAGUCUAAGCAUGUCCAACUGAAGAGUGCCCCUGGACAGCAUAGUAGCAGCAGUGUAGCUCGCUCUUCAGUCAGUAGCUGCGACUCUUGUAUCCUUUGUCAAGAAGGCUCUGCUGUUAAAAAUGGCAUCCCUGUUCACUUUCAUGGAAGGAAUGUUAUGUCGGCACCUAACAGGAGGAAAUGGACCCAUCAUGCGCAGAGGGGACGCAACAUGGGUAAUGAGAACAAUCCUUCAGUUCCUAGGAAGCGCCAGAGUGCAGACCUGAUGCUGGUCCAGCAGUAUCAUCUGAGAAUCUUAGGUACUCAGUCUCAUAUGAACGUGAAGGAUGACAGAAGUCAAUCUCCUGAUAGCAAGAUGCACUACACACCAAGACAAGCAACAGGAGGUGGACUCCGGCCAAAGACAGCUGUCCAUUCCAGCAGACGGAACCCCAUCAGGAAUCGUAACAACAGCAAUAAAAUGGAUGACCUGUCCGAAGACGACCUUGCCAAACAAAAAGACUCUGAUGUUGCGAGUACUGCCAGUAAGAUUUCUGUGCAUAUAAGCACAGGGGAGGAUGAUGCUGUAGAGGAGGGGUCACCAAGAGCCGGUGCCAUCGACCCUGAAGCAACACCUCGCAGUCAGGAUGUGACUGUAGGCAGCACUAGGGAUGGUGGAGAAAGUGACCAGCCUACACCUCGUAUCAAUGACUUGACAGAGUCAAUGCCAGUAGAGGGAGUGGAUGAUUCUCAUGCAACAAACUCUGCUCAACCUGAACUCAGUAAGUUGUUUGAUAAAGAGAAAUGUGAUGGCCAGAUUGAGGAGAUUGCGAAUGAGAAUGAAUCAGUUCAGGUUACUUCUGAUAUCCCAAGCAGUGAUGUGAUCAAUGAGGAAGGGAGUGAUCCAAAGAAACCUAUAACUGAUGAAGAAGUGAUGGAUCUAAAUGAACAAAUAGAGCAGGUGAACCUUGUUGAUGAAUCAGUUGAUGCUGCUGAGGACAUUAAUGCUGAAGAUAAUAUAGAAGGUGUCAAUGAACAGACUGGAGACGGGACAGAUGUAAUAGCAGCUGAGGAGUUACAUAUCAAGGAAUCUGAUGAUGUAACUCAAGAGAAAGGAUCUGAAGAUGUGAAUAACAACAUAGACCAUAUUCGUACUGUAAGCUUUGCUGAGCCAGAUAGAUGAAGCUAGAAAAAGGAAGUUCUCUGCUUUUAGCUUUUGUCCUGUUUUGCUUUACGACAAUCAAUUUUCUUUUAAAGUGAAAUGUCAUAUUUUUACUUACGUGUGUAUUGUGUUUAGUUUACCUAUGUUAAAAAAAGUUCAUGAUGAUUAUCAAUUGUUUUAGCCUGAAUUGUCAAGUUUAUUGUUGUAAGAAGUAAAGAUUUUUUGUGUGUAGAUUAUCUCUUAAUAGCUUAAGAUGAAACUUCAUCCAGUAGUCCAGUUCAAAAUCAUAAUACCGCUUUCAUACUUAAACUUAUGUAUGAAAACAAGACAAGAUUUUUAACGUACAUGUAUUAGGGGGAAACACUAUCCACGACAGUAUUUCAAUUUCAUCAUUUUAUCCUCUUUUUUGCUGGAAAAAACAAAUGUAAAUAUCUGAGCUAAAUUUCAUUUUUCCUGUGUUCUGUUGCAGAGCUAUUAACAGACAGAAUUAAUGAGUGUUGAGUAGUACCCAUAAUUCACACUUCAAAAUGUUCUAUUCAGACAAAUAUGAAAAUGAAAAGGGAGUAUAAACUAAAUUUCCCUUUUAUUGACUUAGAGGAAGUACCCCCUCUGUUGUCUCUGCUGUUGUGGUGAUGGUUUUCAAUAGGACAAGAUAAAGCAGUCCUUUUACUGAAAUUAUGUGUAUAUUUGGAGCAGAGUGAUCCAGUGGAUUAGUCUCCAGACUUUGAAACAGAGGUUUGUGGGUUCAAAUCACUGGUGUGAAUCCAAACAGUGUAGGCCUAUGGUUCAAGGGGAAUGAUCUAUUGUUUCAUCCCCCACUUAAAUAGUAUGAUGUCACAGAUUUACGCCAAGUCUCAAAUCCCUGUCAUGGGAUUAUUUAUUCCUUCAGCAAGAAAUUGGUCUACAAUAUGCUGCACUCAGUCUGGGUGAGGUAAAUGGGUAUCAGGCAGGAAUUAUUUCCUUCUUGUGAGCUUUUUCACACUUACCGAACUAAAACCAUGUUAAUACUACCCACAGUCUCCUUGCAUCACUAAGAGGCGUUUUAUUAUCAAAUAUGUAUUACAACUGAAUAUCAUAUAUAUAAUUCUUACAAAAAACGAGAAUGAUGCUGUCCGGAUUGAUAAACCAAGAUAGCUUUGACUUUACAAGCUCUUCCAAGAUCCAUUAUGAUUCUUAAUCUCUAUUGCAAUGAAGCAUGAAGUGAAUUUUCAUGAAGAAUUUUGUGGGUGAUAUUUACUGACCAACUCUCAGCCAAUCAGAAUCAAGGAUUUCAGGAGAUUAUAACAAAAUUCUAUGAAAAGCACUGGCUAACAGUUUCAUGAAAAUGCACCCUGGCCUAGGGGAGUGUUUCAUGAUAGGACUUGUCAGAUAUUCUAUAUAAAAGUUUGCCUGGGAAGAGUGCUUCUCAACCAAUCAAAGAAAGUAGUCAGAUAACAACUUCUCGGAUAAAAUUGUUGAUGAAAUGCUCUCCAUGAAAGUGUUUUAUUCCUGUUUCACACAACUAAGUGGCAAAGCUUCUGCUGAUUCUUAUUUUUUUGUGUUCUUUGUUUUUUCAUUGCUGUUAUUUUACCCUCUUGCCAUAUAUAUCUACAGUGUGCAGUUGAAAUGAUCUUAUUUGUAUGUGUUUGUACACAAGUCUUUCCCAUUACAACCCAACCCCAAAUCUUCUAUAUUCUUUGUUCAUGUGACUGGGAAAAGGCAUAUCCUUACAUUUAACCCUAAAAUGGCUGGGGGGGGGGGGUUGAAUCAACCCCCCCUCAACAUUUUCUGCGAUCAUUCCACCGCGCGAAAUUUUUUGACCGCGCCACUCACAGAGUUUAUAUUUUUAAGUCUUGCGUAUCUUUUGAGACCAAAUUUAUGACGCCCGUGUACGCGGUUCCAAAAUUACGCAACAUUUUGUAAGUGCAUGUCAGACCAAAAAUUGUUCCAAAACGUGAUUUUGUGUACAAAGUCAAUGCAAAUUGAGUUUUCUCAUCUUAUUCAUAAAGAUAUGAUUAUUUUUACUUUAAACAGCUGAAAGCAAUUGAUUUUAGCAUAAUUAUGCUUCAAAAAGGUUGUGCAAUAAAUCUGGUGAAAAAAAAAAGAAAAACAAAAGGUUGGAAAACAAAGAAAUUCAUAAGAAAUUCAUAAAACAAUAAAAUACAUAAGAAAUUGAUUUCCAAACCGAAGUUUUUUUCAAUUGCCAUUGUUAAGAAUGCUACAAAGAAUAUUUAUACCAAAAGUUUGCAUUCUAGGAGCUUUAUUUAGUGAAUUAGAGCAAAAAGUAUGAUUUAUGCAUAAAUUAGCAUAAUUAAUUCAUAUAAAAUAAAAUCUCAUUAUUUUGGAAAAUUUUACCAUACAGCCUUGUAGAUUACAUCGCACACUACCAGCGUGCAAAUUUUUGCGGCGCUUGCGCGAUUGGCGGCCGAGAUCUCAGGGGGGGUUGAAUCAACCCCCCCCCCUCGGCCACAGAACAGCCAAAAAAGCCCGGCCUAGUUAGGGUUAAAGGGGAUUUCCUCCCUUAUAAGUUCUUGGAAGCUUAGUUUUGUUGGCUUUAAUAAUUGUCACUGUUUUGUAAUGAAACAUUUGCUCCCUUUAUCCCUGAAGUAGAUUAUUGAAUUUUCAAAAUACGGGCUCAAAAGUUGUGUGAGACUUUAAAGUAAAAAGUCAGUGAGAGGCGCGGUCAAAACAUUCAUGAUGGGGCCAUAUUAGGGUUACAUGUAAAUAUUGUACAUUUCAUGGAUUUUUUAACAAUAUUUUGAUUAAUGCAAUUUUUUGGUUACUUUUGGGAAUUUAUUUUUCAUUAUUAAUAUUAUUAUUAUUUUGAAUGCUAAGUGAAUUAAAAAACAAAAGAUGACUGGCAUAUUUUUAGAUACAUGUAACUUACAUUGAGUAUAUUUUUUGAUAAAAUUUUUUGAUAUGCCAGCUUAGCUGCAUAAGGUUGAAAGAUAUGCAAAGAGAUUACUUUGUGCAAACUGAAUACACAGUUACCUAUGCAAA